GUCUCUCUCUAAGCAGGCACAUAAUGAGAUGUAUAAUUUUAUAUUAUGUAUUUUUGUACAGGGAUAUGCAUUUUCUCAUUGCAAUGGAUACUGACCCAUCAGCAAGUCAAUGUGGCCUUAGGAGGAAAAGCAACACAAUCUUCUUUAUACGGCAACUAUUACUAUGCUUACUUUGCUACCGAUGGCAACAGAGCAUCUCAGUUGCUUUCCUACUCAUGUACACACACAAAUAUUGAGAAUAAUCCAUGGUGGAGAGUGGAUUUGUUGGCAGUGUAUGAUAUUAGCACUGUAGUCGUCACUAACAGAGGAGACUGCUGUCCAGAACGGAUAAAUGGUGCCGAGAUUCACAUUGGCAACUCCUUAGUCAACAAUGGCAACAAUAACCCCAGAUGUGUCGUUAUCUCUAGCAUCCCUGCUGGUGCCUCUGCAAAGUACAUCUGCAAUAUGAGAGGUCGUUACGUGAACAUCAUCAUUCCCAAUGUUAACCAGAUUCUCACUCUCUGUGAAGUGGAAGUGUAUGGGCGUCCAGUGCUUACUAAGACGGCAUUUCUGAGAUUAAAGUUUAACAGCAGCGAGGAUCUCAUCAACACUACCAUGAGGGACAAAGUUCUUCAAAAGAUGAAAUCUGCCAACAUCCAGUCAUCAGUAUUUCAGCUCCGUUGGACAAAGGAACCAGAACUGGAAACUGAAACUUAAAAAAGGGUGGCAGAAAUACAUCUUAAAUAUGUAGAAGACAUGGUUGAAGAACAACAACGACAAAAAAGAACAUCAAAUGUGUGAGGUUUGGGUGUAGCAUAUGGAACUACUAGCUUGCUGAUGAUAUAUACUUAUUGGUUAGAAGUACAGCUUUUUUUUUUCUGGAAAUGUAUCUAAGAAAAAUUAUUGUUAUUCCUAUAUAUUAUGUGAUAGAUUGAUGUAUUUAAAAUGCCCUCUUGAUUGUUGGGUUUAGUUAAGCCUAGGUUAUGGUUAUGGUGGGUCUAUGUUAGUUACAUUUCUCUCAGAAAUACUAUUGAGUAGAUAUAUUCAGUAGCCCUUCUGGAAAACAGAGAAUAUCUGUGUAAACAUAAUGGAAAACAAAACAUUCAAAUUAGCCUGUUUGUAAGAAUUGCUAAUUCAUGUGUAUAUAAAGGGGUACAGAUGAAUUAGCAGUUCUUACAACCAGCUGCUGUUUAUAAUGCAGUAGUACAAAGAAGAUGUUUUGCAGGGUAACAGGGUAAAACAAGACACUGUAAAAUGAUAAAUAGUGCUAGGGAUCAUGAAUGUUUCUUUCUUUCUUUUUUAAAAUAUUUUUUAAUCAUCAGUUUCUAAUAUUGUCAAGACACCUAAGGUGAUACUCAGAAUCCUUGUUACCUCCCAGCCAAUCAGAAAUGUUGAGAACCAACCAAUCAUCACAAUCUUGAUGAAUUUGGGUAUGUAUGAAAGCAUUUUUAAAACACAGAAAGUGUUGAGAUGUAGAAAUGAGGUUUUACUCACCGGCAUAAAGGUGUCCGCUAUUUUUGUGUCCGCUAACUUUGUUCCUUCCCUUAAAUACUUACCUUCUUGAGAAUUUCCAAAAUGUUUAGACUGAUGAUUCCCAGUAAAGCACAUUACCAAUUAUUAAUGGGCUUGCUUAUUUAUUUAUUUAUUAGUUAUUUUUUUAGUUAGUUAUGGGA